AUGUUACAUGGAUAAUUUUUUGAAAUUGUUAAGUUUUAAAGUUAAUUUGUAUUUAGAAGGAAAAAGAUGGAAUGUAUCUUUCUUAAUAAUGAUAUCAAGUUAAAUUUAAUUAAUUAAUCAGUUCAACAAUUUGACUUAUGUAGUGAUAUUGUUUUCAAUUCUUCUGGUACAAUUAUAGUAUCCACAUAGAGGUUUGGAGUUUUGAGAAUGGGAAAAAUUAAUUUAAUUAAUAGUUUGAAAAGACACUCUAAUUGUGUUAAUUGUCCAGUGUAUAUUUAGAAAUAGGAAAUAUUUCUUUCAGGAUCAGGUGAUAAAACAAAAAGAAUUUGA